AUGAUGGAUGCUGAGUAUGUCCUCUGCAAUUAAGGCCACCUUUGGCCAGCGAAGGUUUUGUCCAGAUCUGGGAUCUCACCAAAAAUUAACAGGAAAAAGGCACAGUCUCUAGAAGUUCAAAUACUCUCAGUGGAUGAAAAAAUUAAAGUGAAGAGCACAGACGUGAAGAUCCUAGGUGAGUCUCAGAUUGAAUCCAUUACCUCCACACUAGUGGCCCAGUCAAAGGCCAGUGUCCCACCAGGAGAGGAAAUGGCCCACAGAAGGGCCCUCACAGUGACACUGGAGAUUCUGAAUGAGAGAACUAACUGGGGUCUGGUAAGAGCAUCAGGUGCUCCAGAGACUACCACACAGUCUCGCAAGGGGCCACAAAAUCAGCCUCAUAAAAAGUACAGGGAGUCCAAAGGGGACUUACUGAGGAGUCUUAAGAAGAAUGAAAACCCCAAAUCACUGCUGCUAUCACCACUUCUCUUCCAAGGGAAAUGCAAACAGUCCUCACAAAGCUCCAGCAUGUGCCUAAACUUCCCAUCACUCUGGGAAGAUGAUCAUGAGAAAGAGGGUAAGAAAAAGGGAGGUACUUCAGGAGUUAUGUCCUUGCAUUGCACGGUCAAGGAAGAAGGUGCAGAUGCUAAAGAUGGAGGCGUCCUUCCAUUUCUGCCAGCAAAUUUUAUCCUUACUGUGCCCAGGGCACUGAAAGAAGAGGCACAGGACACCUGCCCAAAGGCCUUGGCUGCGUCGUCUGAAUGUUCUACCUUCUCUGGGAAUGUUGAGGACCCUGGAGAGGGUGCCUGGAAGCCAGGCUUGGAAGGUGCGGGAGCAUCCUCCAGUGCCCCCAACCUUAGGCUGCAUCACUCCCUCCAUCAGAAAAACAGAAAAAGGAAGCUGCAGGUACCAGAGCCUGAGAAGGGACUGGAAGAACUUCAAUCUUUAGUUGAUUCACAGGCUGGUAACCCCAACACCGCUACUGAAAAGGAUGUCAGCAAGGAAGCGGGACAGCCAACGAGGAUGGAUUUCCCACAAGAGCCAUGUCCCAUUGAAGGAAGAAUGAUGGUCUGGUUUAAAUUUCAAAAUCACCCAUUUUGGCCAGCCAUGGUACAGAGUGUCAGCCAAGCAGAACAGACUGCAAGGGUGCUUUUGAUCUAGGCAAACAUGCGCUGUGAAAAGAGUGGCAUUCAAGUUCCUCUUCAAAGAUUAAAGCAUCUGGAUUGCAAAGAGAAAGGAACGCUAAUGAACAGAGCCAGGAAAGUGAGUGUAAACUGGUGCUUCUCUAUUUCCCACUACAGAGAAGGGCUCGGCCAGGGGUCUUCUGCAGGCUGUUUCCUGGACUACUAUGCUGCUGACAUCAAUUACCCAAUUAGGAAAGCCAUCCAUGAGUGGGUUGUGGAGAGUGACUUCCCAAAGGUGAAUUACACCAACCUGGAAGAUUCUGAGGAGGAGACCUCUCUGGGUGGGAAGACACCCUGUAAGAAAAUUCUGCCUGACUGGACAAGGGCUGCUUGUGACCGAGUGAACCAGAAGCUAGUGGACUUCAUCGUGAAAAGAAAGGGGGCCAACGACCAUCUCCUGGACAUUGUAAAAGGCAGGAAACAGUCCAGGUGGCUGGCAUCAUUUCUGAAUUCAGGCAGGUAUGUGAUCUGCACUGAAACAUACCUACAGGAUGAAGAAUAGUUGGAUGUUGUGGUAAGGCAUUUACAAGAAAUCUGCAAACAAAUAGACAAGACAAUGCUGGCUCUGAGAAGAGAUGACAAAGUGAGCUUUGUUGUGGAAGUUCUCCUGCUAGAAGCAAUCAUUUGUUCAAUUGUUGCACUUGAUGGGUUAGAGCACAAGGAGGCAGAGGAAAAGUAUCUGUGAGGGCCACUUGUGCAUUACCGGAAAAAAGAACUAUUUGAUGAAAACAUCUUAAAGAUAGUGAGAAAGAGAUCAGUAACAAGGGGCAAUGCUAAGUAG